AUGGCCUCUCUGCCGCUGGUGUGCGGGUGGCUGCGCAACGACCUGCGCACUCACGAUUCUGCUGUUCUUCCGCUGCAAGUAUCGUUUGGACGAGGUUCUCCAUCGGGUAGCCGAGAUAUCUCAAAAGCUGCCUUCUUGCAGUGGCAGAAAUUUGGGUGGAAGUACCAAUUGUCAACUUUGAUCAACUUUGAUUCACCAGUCCGCUUGCCUCUUCAACUGAGGUCAGGUUUACCAACUUUUCUGAUUUAUGUCUUGGACACACGGAGCUUGACAUGGCCUUCCGGUGCUGAGAGAAUGGGGGCUUUGCGGGCUCGCUUUCUCUUCGAGUCCCUGCUGGACCUGAAGGCGAGAUUACGCGGCUUGGGCUCCGACCUGCUUCUCCGGAGCGGGAAGCCCGAGGAUCUCCUGCCCGAGCUCCUCCCCGAGGGCUCCGUCCUAGUCACGCAGGAGGAGGUCACUGCGGAAGAGAAAGCGGUGGAUCAGCGUCUGCGCGAUCGUUUGGAGGCCAUGAAAGUGGAAAUGCAGUAUUGUUGGGGCUCUACGCUCCUUCACCUGGAGGACUUGCCCUUCGAGAAGGAUCUGUCUAACCUCCCGGAUGUCUUUACUCUUUUCAAGAAUGCCGUGGCUCCAGAGCUCAAAUGUGCCUGCAACGCCAUUCCACAGGCAUAUUGCGACCUGCCGAAGCCGACGACGAGCUUAUCGAUUCGAUCGUGUUUGCCAGAUCUCAAGCCUGGAUCUUUGCCCCCCUCCGAAUUUUUUCGGGAGGACUCCAAGAAUCAGCAGGCAUGGAAGGACAUGAAUUUUCCAUCACAGUCUUGUGAUGCCGAUGUGCCCACAUCCCUGUUUGAGGGUGGUGAGAAAGCCGGCCUGCACCGUCUAGAGCACUAUUGUUUGGGGCCGCUGGCCACCUAUGCCGAAACAAAAAACAAUAUGCUGGAGUUUGAUGCUUCAACCAAACUUUCCCCUUGGUUGGCAAACGGCUGCCUUUCGCCCAGGCGAAUGUUUGAGGCACUACGAAAGCAGGAGCUGCAGGCUGCUAGUGCUUCCACAUAUUGGCUGUUGUUUGCGCUUCUCGUCCGUGAUUUCUUUCGCUUUAUGGCCUUGAAGUAUGGAAGCCGCAUUUUUAAAGCGACUGGUGUAAUUGGCAAGAGUCUUGACUGGUCUGGUGGAGAUGAGGAGUUUGCUAUGUGGUGCGCUGGAAGCACUGGAUACCCACUGGUGGAUGCCAACAUGAGAGAAUUAAAACAGACUGGAUGGAUGUCCAACCGAGGAAGACAAAACGUGGCGUCCUUCCUCAUUUGGGACCUGAAGGUUGAUUGGAGACGUGGUGCAAGAUGGUUUGAAACAUACUUGAUAGACUACGACGUGACUUCCAACUGGUGUAACUGGGUUUCCGCAGCUGGCUUGUUUGGUGGCCGCAUCAACAGGUUCAAUGUGGUCAAGCAAUCUCAUCAGUACGAUCCCAGCGGUGACUACUUGCGCAAAUGGCUUCCGGAACUUCGUUCGUUGACGGAGGAGAUCCACGAACCCUGGAAGCUCCCUCAGAUGGCUCACAGCUAUCCGGCCCCCUGUGUUGACCCCUCGAACUUUCCAGCCGCUAUGCCGGCUUUGGCACAAGCGCGGAAGCUAAAGAGUCUGCAUCACAUCAAGGAAGCUCUUGAAAAAGCACAGGAAGCUGGCCUCUCGCACAUGGAAAUGAAGCAGACCAUCGAUGCACAGAAGGAGAUCAAGAAGCGGGACGAGGCUGCAGAGAAGCUAGAAGAUGCCGUCGAUGCUCGGGAUGCUGAGAAGCUUCGAUGGGCCAUCAAAUGGGCCAAGGAUGCUCGAGUGGAUGAAGACGACAUAGCGGACGCCGAGGAGGUCUUGCAAGAAUUGGAGUGGAGGGAAACUGCGCUCGCGAAGCUGAGAGCAGCAGAGGAAUCCAGAAACAUAGAGGAACUGGUGGAGGCCCUCAAAUUUGCACAGGACUUGGAGGAGGACGAGCUGGAACCAUAUGAGGAGGCCCUCCUGGAGGAGCGCCAGAAACAAGCACGAGCUGAACUGGCGAAGGCAACUGACCAGAGGGACAUAGCAGCUUUGAAAGAAGCUUUGAGGUUGGCAGAGUCAGUUGAGGACAUGGAGGACUCGGAGGAGGCAGCAGAAGGACAUCGAGUUCUGGCCGAGGAGCUGGUGCUGCAGGCUUUGACUGGACAAGUGGCCGCCCACAAGCUACGAGCAGCUGUGGAAGAAGCUUUAGAGUGGUCUCCUGAUUUCGAUCGGCUGGAGGGUGCGAAGAAGGUUCUUGCAAAGGAGGAGAAGCAAGAUGCUGCACGAGCUGCAAUGCAAGGUGCGCUCAUGUCAAGAGAUCCGACAGAGCUCGCCGCUGCCAUAAGGCACGGCAGAGAGGCCGGACUGGAGGCGGUGAUUCCAGUGGUGCCAGUGUUAGUUGUCUUUGAUGUUGCAAUUUCUCUUCGAGGAUUGUCUUUGUUCUUGUCUCGGGUGAGAUUCGACUAG